UUCGAUUACACUUCGGAUACACAGAACAUGACUUUGUUCUAUGGUAAUUGCGCCGUGGCAUCCCAAUCCCAAUCCCUGGUGCCGAUCAUUGAGUUUGAUUGCACAGUGACCGGGAAUGGUGCCACCAACAACGAGGCUUAUUACGUGUCCCCGGAUUUAAGGGCAAACACCAACAUUUUCCUGGGAAAAUGCGAAGGCAGCGUCAUUGUUGCGGUUUUUAGAUCAGCAGUUGAGGCUUUAAAAAGCAAUUAUUCGUUAAGCAUAGGAGAAGCUCUUGAUGGUGGCUUCGGGUUGCGGUACCAGACAGCAAAUGAUACAUACUGCGAACAAUUUGUAAAAUCAGGUGGACGGUGCGGUUUUGAUUCCAAUUCCACUAUGUUUACUUGCUUUUGCCCUGAUCAGCCCCGUGCAUUCCACUGCAACAGUAACGGAUCAACUGGAAACCAGCCCAACUCUACAAACCAGCCCAACUUUGGAAAUCAGCCCAACUCUACAAACCAGCCAAACACUGUAACAGGAUCGACUAGAAGUCGGCUGAAGAUUAUAGUAGGUAACAUAAUAUAA